AAAAAAUCAGAAAACACAGAACCAAGCAGGCGCACUAUCAGGAGCAGUGGCUCUGGAUUUUAACUCCCAACCAGCCAGACUGAGCAUGCAGGCCAUACUCACGGUGGUGGCCUGGGUGGCUUCUUCAGUGUCUGGUUUUUCAUAUAUGGCAAGCACUCUGCCAGAUAUUGAAAAUGCUGACUUCAUCAAAGAAUGUGUUCAGAUUCAUGACAAGUUUCGAUCAGAAGUGAAUCCUCCAGCCAGAAACAUGCUGUACAUGUCUUGGGACCCAACACUCGCUCGAAUUGCAAAAGCAUGGGCAAAAUUUUGUCAGUUUGAACACAAUCCACAAAGAGCACAAGGGCAUCCAAACUUUACCCAAGUGGGAGAAAAUAUCUGGACUGGAUCUUUAUCCCUCUUUUCAGUAUCUUCAGCCAUCUCAGACUGGUACAAUGAAAUCAAGUACUAUGACUUCAACACUAGGAAAUGCAAAAAAGUCUGUGGCCAUUAUACUCAGGUUGUUUGGGCAGACAGCUACAAGGUUGGCUGUGCAGUGCAAUUUUGCCCUAAAGUUUCUGGCUUAGAAUUUCCCAAUGUAGCACAUUUUAUAUGCAACUAUGGACCAGGAGGAAAUUACCCAACUUGGCCAUAUAGCAGAGGAGCCACUUGCAGUGCCUGCCCCAAAGAUGACAAGUGUCUGAACAAUCUCUGUGUUAACCCACGACGAGACAAUGUAACACGUUACUACUCUGUUGUAUAUCCUGGAUGGCCCAUAUAUUCACGUAACAGAUACACAUCACUCAUUCUCAUUGUUAAAUCAGUACUUCUAUUGCUGUCUGUUAUAAUUACCCUGCUGGUAAAGGAGAAAUAUCCUAAUUUAGUUCUUUUGGACUAAUACAAUAGGGAAAGGAACAAUUUAUACAUAUGUGGCUUUUUAAUAAAUGAAACUGGGGAUAUUUUUAAUUUCUAUUUUAUUUCAGAAAAAGCAUGUUGCAAUAAAGCUUUAG